CGCGCUCGUUAACACGGCUCGAUCGCCACCUCCGAGAGCGAGGAGAAGACGCCGGGAGAAAAGGGAGGCCGACGACGGACGCGAAGGGUUUCUCCUGCCGGCGUGACAGAGGAGGAGGGGGAGAGAGAGGGUGACAGACAGACAGAUAGAGAGAGAGAGAGAGAGAGACAGAGAGAGAGAAAGAGAGAGAGAGAGAGAGAGAAAGUGAGGAACGGACAGGUGGAUCGAGACGAGAAGGGGGUAGUCGGAAGGAACGAGAGAUAUAGCACGAGACAGAGACCGACCGUCGGAGGAGAGGUGUUGCUCAAGUGUAUGGUCUGUGUAUGGUGCAGUGCGGUGCUGUGCUCGAGAGAGAGAAUGGCGUGGACGGAUUUCGACGCGUGCAUCUCGUCGUGACGUAGAAAGUCGGUUCCGAAAGCGUAAGGGUGCUAAGCCGAGGAAUGGAGGGAACGUGGCAGUGGGAGCAGCGAAAGCACUGCCAUAUCAUUCUGCUCAACUCUUUGUCGUACCUAAAGGAGAACCCGGAACAGACUGCAGAUGAACGGAAACGGUUGCACGACUGCUACGGCAAGGAAAGCGACAUCCUGAGGACGAAAAGUCGCGUGCCAGGUCUGUAGCGUUCGGUCAGAAAGAGAAGAGGGACCCCCCGGGCAGAGUCGAGCAACAGAAGAAGGGGUCGUCAUGGGCCCGACAAGCCAAAUCGUACCCCACUGAGCGAUGCAAGUAGUUAGGGCCGGGGCCCUGCUAGUGAGCAUGUGGCUCACUAGAGAAUGAAGAAGCAAAACGUCCGGACCCUAUCAUUAAUCGUGUUCACGUUUACCUAUCUCCUCGUCGGUGCUGCUAUCUUCGACGUACUCGAGUCCGAGACGGAGAAAUUACGCAAGGAAGCAUUGGACGCCAUUGAAAAAAUGGUCAUACGAAAAUAUAAUAUAAGCGAGGACGACUUCAAGAUCAUGGAAACAGUGGUGCUGAAGACGGAACCUCACAAGGCUGGCCAACAGUGGAAGUUCGCCGGCGCGUUUUACUAUGCCACAACGGUCCUCACCACGAUAGGUUACGGACACUCGACGCCAAAUACCAUAAGCGGCAAACUGUUCACGAUGUUCUAUGCGAUUGUCGGUAUCCCAUUAGGACUCGUAAUGUUCCAGAGCAUAGGAGAACGCUUGAAUAAGUUUUCGUCCGUCGUGAUACGGAACGUAAAGCGGCUUCUAAACUGCAAGGACGUCCAGGCCUCGGAGAUCAAUCUCAUCUGCGUGGUGACGACUCUGUCGUGCUUUACCAUCGCCGGUGGUGCCGCCGCGUUCUCCAGAUACGAAGGGUGGACCUACUUCGAUUCCAUUUACUAUUGCUUUAUCACUCUGACGACCAUCGGCUUCGGCGACAUGGUAGCGCUGCAGAAGGAUAACGCGCUGAACAAGAAACCCGAGUACGUGAUGUUCGCCCUAAUAUUCAUCCUCUUCGGUUUGGCGAUCGUGGCGGCUUCGUUGAAUCUCUUGGUCCUGAGAUUCGUGACGAUGAACACGGAGGACGAGAGACGGGACGAAGCUGAAGCGUUACAGGCGGCUCAAGGCGCGGUACGCCUCGAGGGCGAUGUGAUAACGGCGAACGGCUCGAUACUGUCCGGUCAGAUCGGCAAUCAGGGCGACGUGAUCUCGUUGGACGACCAGGCGUCGGUGUGCAGUUGCCGUUGCAACGGCUUCUCGAGGAGACGACGGAGACCGCGCUUCACGGUCCGCCGCUCGCCCGGCACGAUCUCGCACCUGCUGCAGAUGCAACAGCUGUCGGCGUUGAAUGUGCACGGCGACGACGAGCUGCGCCCAGCGCCGCUCACGCCUCUCCUGCAACUGCCGCCGCUGCAUCAGCAUCGCGCCAGCAUUUGACGUUGCUCGAACGCGCGGAGCCUGAUGCUGGAGCUCGACGAGGACGAGCGAUAUUACCAUCACCAGCAUCAGUUGCAGCCGCGGCGGGUGUCCGUCUGAGAGAGUAUCUUCUCUGCCCGCCCCCUGCAGCCUCCGUCGCUACUUCAACGAAUUUUAAUCGUCGUCGCGAGACGCUGUUAUCACCGCCACGAGUUCUUCUUCUCUCUCUCUCUCUCUCUCCUCUCUCGAUCUGUCUUUCUUUCUAUCGUCUUUUCGCGCUUUUCCUCUCCCUCGUCUCCUAUCUUUCCGUUCUCGUGGAACGAGAGUGAACAUUUCUGCAGGCAAUCGGGAUCGGUUUGGAAUUGCUAUUGAAGCCGAGCCGUUCAACGUCGAGCGGAGUUUCCGGGAGUAGUGACGGCGCCGAAUGUCCUUCAACGGGUGUGCCAUAGGUCCUUCUGUUCGUCGCCAUCGUCUGGAUUCGUUAACGUUCAGAAUUAACGGACAGUAUUAAGGUGCGUCUGAUUGUGAGGGAUUUUUGCACCGUCGAGCGGGCGACAAGAAUUAAUCGCCCGUCAGUCAAGACGAGAUGUUCCGUUCUGGUAUUGCCCGUAAAUGGCGGUAUCGCCAAGUGCGACGAGAUUCUGUGUGUGUGAUAAUAAUGACAUCGGAUUGUAUUCGUAGUUUAUAGCUAGGUCGUUUAACUCUAUGCAGCUGGAAUUAUUUUAUCUGAGGAGGAGAGAAGAACGUUAUGGACGUUUGUGUAUGUCGGAAUGUCCGUCGUACGAAAUUGAUGACACAGGCUGUCGCGCGUUUCUUUUUUGUUCGGGAAUUUGUCUCAAUAAAGUUGUAUCACAUUGUAUAUUUGCGAAGAAUGGUGAUCGCGCCAAUUGAAGACAAUUCUGAUGAUACGAACCUUGCAUUUGUUUCCUGAUAUUGUUACAGAGGAGAUUCCUUAGAGUAUAACGAGAUGAAAAUCGUGGAAUCGUGUUGCGCGAACACUUUUAAAGAGCAAGCCGACCUCGAGGAGAGUUGCGCGAGUGUACAAAAGGACUGUGCGAUUAUGCGACUUGCAGCCGAGAGAUGCGAGAAAAAAUGAAGCAGGCGAACAAGAAGGACGAAAAGAAGCGAAUACGAGGCGCGACCGUUCGAGUGAAUGUGAGCGAACGAACGCGCGUGGGAGUGCGAAUGUGCGUCUGUAUGAAAGAACCGGGAGUGCGAAAAUGUGAGAAUGCGAUUGCAAGUGCUAAAUUUACAUCUACUACGUUUCAUGUUCUCACACGGGAGAGAAGAGAGAGAGAGAGAGAGAGAGAGAGAGAAAGAAAGAAAGAAAAGGAGAGUGAAAGAGAAAGA